UCGAAAUUAACCCUCGAUUUGUUGUGCAAAAUCACGUCGAAUACUCCUCGAUGUGGAGUUCCUCCGAGAAAAAUAAUCGUAAGUUUUAAUAGUUCCCUGUAAUCUUCACGAAAUUGUUCUUUUUUUGAAUGGUCGAGAACAAACUGAAGUACAUCAUUUUUUGCGUGUGAUAAAGCCGUACAAAUAUUAAUGUCUUCAAUACCUUUUUCUAUCAAUAUAUUGAUUUUACUGUCCAUUUUUAAAAUCAAAAAGUCUAUUCGUCGAUGGUGUGUGGACAAUUAUAAACUGAGCUGUGACGACAAUGUUCGAAUUAAUAUAAACAAUAAAUAAUACGUCUAAAACCGAGUGAAUAAUAAACCUGUAAAGACAUGUUUAACAUUUGAAGACUACGUGUUGUCACAAUACCUAGUUAACGUCGCAAAAACGUGAGUAGGUAUCAUGUCUGCGCUAGUUUAGGCAGACAUGUUAGAACAUAUAUAGUUAAUAUUGCACAGCUUUCCAUUUGUAUGAAGCAUGCGUUUUAACCAUGUUAUUAGUGGACUAUUUAAUAGCUACUAUAAAGUUGUUUAUGCAAUUAUGUUGUAAAUUUUCUUAGUACAAAGUAUAUUAUAUUGUACAAGCUAUUACUAUGUAAAAUAUACUGAAAAUUAGUUUUUGUUAUUUUGUAGAUGAAUGAGUUGUUAAAUGAAAAAUGUACAAAUAACAUUUUUUGUAGGAUAAACAAUUUAAAAAAUAUAUUGUUCUUACACUUUUUAGUCUGUCUUAAAAAUUUUAGACUAAAAUUACAAAAAUCUAAAAAUCACCCUUAUUUGAACUUCAACCCUUUUGAGGCACGCCUUAAGGUUUACCGAUUAUUACGAAACUUUACAAAAUACAUUUUUUUGUGGGUUUGAACAAAUUUCAGUGACAGCCCAAUCAGAAAUUGAAAAAAAAAUUUCUUCAUCUAUAGUCUAAGGACCACCCUAAUGUAUUCGUUUGUCAUUCUUGUCGUGUGUAAUGUAUCGUUAUAUUUUAAAAUCUUGUGUGGUAAAAAGCAUAUGAUUUUAGUUUUAUUAUUUUAAAAGUUUAUUGUUAGGUUUUAAGAUAUGUUAUUUCAAAUAAUAAAUUAUUACUAUUCUUGGUGUAAAAAUGGUAUUUUAUUUUUUUAAACAUAUUUUAUUAUACUUGGUAUACGCAUAUAAAUGCGUAUUUAGCAACUUUUUAUAUAUAUAUUUGAUAAUUUUUAAUUCAUACAAUUCUAGGCUCUAAUAAUGAGAUAAGGAGCCGGACCUCUUAUACUUUGCGUGAACCUGAUUUUUUUCGUGUAUGAGGACUUUGAGCUCGUGGGAGAACCAGCUAAGGAAAGAUGGUUUAUGAAUUGUAAUUUUGGAAAAAUAAAAAAGAAUUGAGGAAUGAAUAGCGUCUAGGAAGAUAGCAAUUGCAUCAUUAGCAGAAUAAAUAAGAAAUGUUUUUUCUCCAGUUAAAAAAGUCGAGGAAAAAUGCGAUUGAUUAAUAAUCUGAUUUAUAAAAGUCAAAAAAUCAAAAUCAAAAGGAGGGCAGGUGGAGUUAGGAUCUAUUUAAAAGAAAUUAAGAGUAGGAGGGGUGUGAUACGGAUCAGCUGGAACGGUGAACUUAAGAGCAGGACAAAUAGUAAGUAAGUUUGAAUUAGUAAGAACCAAGUUGAGGAGUGAACUGUGACAGUUAAAGAUAUUAUUAAGCUGAAAGAAACCAUGGAAACAGAAGUACUCAGAGACGCAGUACUGUUGGGAAAAGGAAAAUAAGGAAUAGCAAAGACGUAUGCAUUAUUAGACGAUGAAAUAGAUGGAAGAUUAUAAUUAGCAUAGAAGAUAAAAAUUGCAAAUGGAUGUUUUUGAAUAAGAGAAUCAAGUGUAGUAAGGUGAGACAUAUAUGAUUUGAAGAGCUAGAGGAGGAAAGAUGACAGUGUGGAGAAUAAAAGAAAACGAGUCUAGUGUGAACGGGAUAAGCAGGUGCUCAACAGAUGAGUCAGGAAUGGAGAGGAUAGACGAUGGAAUAUCUUUGCGAAUACCAAUAAGCACACCACCACCACGUUCACAAUGACUGUUGAGGGAGACCUGUCACACCUAAAAAUAUUAUAGAUGGAUAGGCCUAACUCGUUAAAAAAGAAAUUAUUAUUUAACCAAGUUUCGGUGAGAACAAUAAAUACAUGGAUGAACUGGGCUGUAUUACAAUUAAAGGUACGAAUUUUUCUACGGAGUCCACGGUAGUUUUGGUGAAAUCCAAAUGUCUUAACAGAGCUGGUACGAUUUAAUCUGCUUGAAGACUGUUGGAGGCAGUGAAGUUUUUUGAUCUCAAUUUUUGUACACGUGGGACAUCAUUUCGGUAGGUUAUAAUAAGGUCCCUUUUACCGGCUUGAGUGUAGCAGUUGAGCACGUGGUGGUAAGCUUUUGGCGUUCAAGCGGGUCUUGUCACAAACAAUGGAAAUGGAAGGUAAUCUUAUCAAAGAGUUUGUUAUGGCGGAGUGAUAAGAUGACAGAACAUGAGCAGCAGGAGCGUACUCACGGGGGGAUGAGAGUGUCAUAUCCCCCUAUGAACUUUUUUUUUUAUCUAUUUGUUUGAAGUUUCAUGGUAGUUUCGGUUUUCUUCGAAAAAAAAAAAGGCAGAGCAUAAUUGGUUUUAAUUUUUAGUCAUGUUAACUAUUAUUAUGCAUAUAAAAUAUGUUUAGUAAAUACUAUAGUUAUAGUAAUUAUCUAUGGAUAAUGCAUAAAUGUUGUAGAAAAAAAAAAGCAUCAAUGAAUUAUCAUAAUAUUUCAGUCCAUUAUAUUCCAAUAUAUAUAUGUUAUAAACGCGACCCAUCAGCAUAUUAAUACAUUAUAAUAAACAAUAGUAUUUAAAGUUGUGCAGUUUUUAGCUAUGCUAUAAUAAAACUUUUAUAUUAAUACACAUGCUCAAUUGCUUAAAUAUUUUUAGGACUAAAAGUAUGCAUGUAAACGAUCUAAGCUUAUUUGUGAACUGUAGAUUGCUCUAUGUUGAUAAAUUUAUUAGAAAUAUACUCUAUUUCAGAAAAAAAAAAAAAUCAAUUUUUACUACCUAGUGUACAUAAAUUUUGUCUUUUAGUAUUUAGGCACUUAAAAAUGUAUGGAUACCAUUCCCAACAUUUAAGUUUCCUUUAAAUGAUAAAAAUGAAAAAAGAUGUUUAAAAUAUUAGUAUAAGUUUUUUAAAAGUUUUUUUUACAGCUAAAUGGAUUUCGAUGUGGUUUACACUAAUGGAUCAGACAAGUCUUAGGGAAGGUUUAUAACUAUUGAGGUCCAUCCCUUAUUGAAAGUCAUCACCCAAAAUUUGGUUUUUAGAUGUUAUUAUUUAUUUAUUUGGACUACCUUAGUAAUAUGGAUGAAAUGAAACAAAAUUUAAAAGUUGGUCAAAACGUAUUUUAGUAUCUAUGUGUGUCAUAUUAUUCAAUACAACUGUAAAACUUGUGAGCCAUUUUUGAGCUUUUAAGGAAUUUAAAUUUUUGGGAGUUUUUUGCUGUAAUUCGGUUAUAAAUACACAUAGAGACUUGAAACUUGGUAAUAAUACUUAUAUUGGCUUAGCUUGACGUGGUAAAAUUUCAAAAAUCAUUGGAUGACUUUUUUUUUAAUAAGCGUUUUGAAAUCAAAUUUAAACGAAAAUCGCAAAAAAAAUUACGACACUUCAAAUUAUGUAUUACCGUACUGCGCUAGGAAUCGUUUUUCGUCAAGCAAUGGUCUAUCAUUGCUUACAAAUAUAAAUGAAAUAACCUUAUGUAUCCUACCUACCUAACUACUUACCUACAACAGUGGCUGCUCCCAUCCCCAGUAUCAUAUCUAUUAUUUAUUUAAUAAUUUCUAAAUUAUAAAUAUUAUUAUUACCAGGAGUUUUAAUUAAUAUUCAAUAAACAAUAUUGAAAUAAAUAAUUUAUCUGACUUUUAGUUACAAAUAUUAAAAAGAAAAAAUCAAAAAAUCAUACCUAUAUUAAAUUAUGUCAAAUAAUUAUCGAUAACCAGAUUAAUAUCUAUAUAUUAUAACAAAAUUAUUACAGAUAAAUAAAUUGAAAAUUUCCAAAAUAUCUGUGUGUAUUUUUAUAGAUACUAUAGGUAGGGCCAUUUGAUGUUGAAAUGAGAUUUUUAGCGAUAAAAACAACGUUAUUUUAAUGAAUGAUAAAAUUUUCAUUUAAUGUUUAAGUGUAACUUCUUUUAUAGAAGUUCUGGUUCUACAUAAAUUCUUCGACUCCAUAUAAUAUUUUUGUUUAACUUAUAAGUUCACAAAAUACGAAAGUUCAUGUAAAUGAUUUGCAACGAUUUCAUGGCUAAUGCAUCUUUACCUAUAAUAUCUGUGCAAGAUUUAUAUUAUUUCAGACAACUUACGUUUAGCACCUUUGGAAUUCAUGAUAUUAAAUCUAAGAAAAUACUUAUGGAGUACAAAAAAUUAUGUGUGUUAAAUUAAAUUGAUUUUAAAUACUUAACUAUAGGUUACUCUAGGCAUAAUCAACUAUCACUAGAAUAAAUAUAAAUAAUAUAUUUUCCAGUAACCUAGGUGAUUUUUUGCUUCCCCUGUAAAAUUUAAAACAUGUAAAAGUCCCCUUUUAACAUUUAUAGUAUAAAAUUAUUUUGAAGAAUGUAUCAAGAUAAGUUUUUAAAAUCUUAAAUAUAGGUAGUAUUUACUACACUUAAUUUGUAUAAAUAUUUAUGAAUCCUUCAAAUUUAACUAAAUAUAUAUCAAUAGUAAAAUUCAGUAAUACAAAAACAUAAAAAUAAUUGUUAUUUGACUUGUAAUUAAAUUAAUUAAAAGUUACACUACUUUCAUGUUCAAAAAAUAUUGCCCUAAUAAAUAACAAAAUUAUUUAAAUUUUGAACUAAUGAUUAAAUUUUAAUCCAAUUUUUUACAAAAUGUUCUUGGACUUAAAAUAGUACAAAUUAUUAAAUUACUAUUAAUUAAUAUUGUUAUAAUACUUUUUUUUUCAUAUUUGACAGUGAAGGAUUUGUUUUCAUAAUACUUCCCCAGCGAAAUUAAAUUAAUAAUACAACUCAAGUUUAGUUAACUUCAUAUAAUAGAAAACACAUUACACAGUAUGGUACUAAGGUAGACAUUCCGAAUUGAGAAUACUUAUAAAACCUUAGAAAAGCUCAUUAGAUUGUAUACAAUAAUAUAUUUGAUUAUUGUGCAAAUUAGAUAACAGUUGAUAAUAACACAUAUUAAUUGUUUAAUUUUUUAGAAUUUUCAACUCAUAACCAAUUUAUACAGGCCAUUUAUAAUCUGGGACCAUUAGCACAAGAUACCAAGACAAAAAUAAUUUGAUUUAACCCCACAUUGUAGUAUAAAAAUAAUGGUUAAGUUUAAAUCUGAAAUAAAUAAAAGAAUAACUAAAUAAUAAAAAAAUGUAAUAAAUUAAUUAAUAAACUGAUAACAAAUUCAAAAGAAAUCAUACCAUAAGUUCAAAAGAAAAUAUUAUUGAAAUCGAAUUACAAAAUAAAGGCUCCACACUUACAUCCAUUCAUAAAAUUACAUAAACAAGAUAAUCCAAUUUUGUCCAUUACUUAAUUUAAAAACUGCUCUAGCUUACAUAACCUUGCUAAUUAUUUAGACUCUCUCAUAAAAGAAAAAUUAAACAUUAAUAUUGAAACUCCUAUAAAAAAUACUUGAUUUUAUUGAUAAUAUUAAUAAAAUUAAUAUUAUGCUAGAUUAUAAAAUGAUUUCUCUUGAUGUUAAAAAUGUAUGUACUUCCAUUCAACACAAAACAGUAAUUUUUUUUUUAAAAUAAACUUAUAUAUUGUAAUAAAUUGAAUACAAAGUACAAUAAAUUAUUUAAUCAAUGAAUGUAAUUAUUAAUCAAAACUAUUUCCAAUAUAACAACAAAUUGUAUUCAAAAAAAGAUGAGUAAGCUAUGAAUAUCCCUUUAAAUGUUCUUUUAUCUGAAAUUUACAUGCAAAAUUAUGAAACCAAUAAUAUUAUUAACAACAAAAUAUAUAAUCCAUAUAUAAAAGAAUAUUAUAGAUAUGUUGAUGACAUGUUCAAUUUAUUUAGAGGUUCAAAUAGACAAGCAGAAAAUUCAGUUAACUACUUAAACAAAAUAAUUAAAAAUAUUCAAUUUACACUCGCAAUACAAAUAAUUAAUGAAAUUUCUUAGAUCUUACAGUUUCCAUAAUAAACAAUUCAAUUUAUUUUAGUAUUUACAAGAAACCUACACAAACAGAUUAUAUAAUACCAUAUGAUUCUAAUCACCCUUAUUCUAAAAAAAAAAUAAUUUUUUAAUUCAAUAUUCUAUAGGCUUGAACCGUAUUCCAUUAAAUAAGUAUAAUUAUCAACACGAGCUCAAUAAUAGCUAUAAUAUAAUCCAAAGAAAUACUUUUAAUUUAAGUACCAUUAAAAUAAGAUGUCCUAGGAUAAUGGAAAUAGAUGCAACCACUGGCAUAGGUAAUUUAAGGUAUCUGUAAGCAACGAUUAACCAUUGCUAACGAAAAAACGAGGGCAGUUCAGUUGAUGGUAAUGAUUUGUCAACAAUAUAUAUAUCAUAUUAUGGUAAAAUAAUUAAAUAGGCAUUAUAUAUUUUCUUUAAUAAUAUUUGUUUAAUAUCGUACCUAUUUUCCUGUUUUUCCAGUAUCAUCAAAUCUACUUAGAAAACUCUUGGAAAAAUCGAAAAAUUACAUCCUUAAAGUACCUUCCCGGUCGGAUUUACUUUCAGAAAAAGUGCUAUCAUUGUAAAUCAGAGUGAUAUUAAAUUAUUAUUUGGAAUAAUUUACAUUUUUUCGGUUACUGUGAGAUAUUAUUUUUUGUUUUUCUCAUCAUUUUUAAGAGUCCGAAAAUAUAGUAUCCCAAAAAUAUUUCAAUAGAAAUAUAUUUUAUCCAAAAAGUAAUAAAUACGAAAAAUAUUUACGCAAUUUAAUCGAAAAAUAAAUCGGUCGAAAACACGAAUUAAGAUAUAUCUUAAUUCGUGAUUGAAAAUAUUCGUUAUCUUACCACAAUAACGAGAAUUCCAUAUCUCUUUCUAACACACUGUUUUUGUGAUAAGAACGAAUAUUGUCGUCUAAAAUAUGGUUCGGAUAAAAUAUUUUCGACUUAAUUAUUUUUUGGACAUAAUACAGUUCGGAUAAUAUAUUUUUCAGACAAUAUAUUUUCGACUAAUUAUUGUUCGAAUGAAAUAUUUUCAAGUAAAAUACGUUCGGACGAUAUAUUUUUCGGCAAAAUACUUUUCUGACGAAAUAUGCAUAAAAUAUGUUUUUGAUCGUACUCAUUUCUGAUAAAAUAUUGUUCGGAUAUUUUACGCGCUCCCUAAAGUAUAAGGUACUCACCCCGAUUUUUACAUGAAGCAUCUGCUUCAAAGAAUAUCACACCGCCACUGGUUUUACGUGAUUCAUGAUUCGACUGUACAGAGUAAUUUUUCGGGCGAUAUCAGUUGCCUGCUCUGGCCUCUUCUACAUUUAUAGAAAACGGUGAUAGCACGGAAUAGAUUCUGUGGUAAGUUUCGUACAUGAUAAUGAGAAAUAAUUUUAAUUAUUUCUAUCAUGGUACCUGGUACCUACCCCAGAAAAGAGGUUAAGUACAAGUACUCUAUCGGCUCUAUCCGACUGAACGUAGAAUCGUACAAGGUUUUGUACUUGUACUUCACUAUAAUAAAUAAAAUAUUAUUUACCUACAUACCGGUUUCACGGGUGUUUAACGGUCGCUACAAUAAUAGUAUCAUGUACGAACCACAAGAAAUUGAAGACAAUUUUGUAACCCUGAAAAAUGUAAUUAUCUCUUUUUAUUUUAUUUAAUGAUUGUACGUCCACUGUUGCGUCGUAAGAUAUUUUCCGCACUAUAGCGAAAAUUGUUUUGCUGUCUUUUUUGACCGAGACAGUAGAUAUGGGUAUAACAUACUCUUAAUAAAAUACUAAUUUAUUAUGAAUCUUCAACUGGAUUUAUAAAUUAUUAUAUUAUUGUUAUAAUUAUUAAUUUAUAAAUUAUUCACCAACCGUUUUGAUACUAUUGUUUACACAGUAUAAUUAAUGUCGUUACAGUAUGUAGUAAUGUAGUACAUAAGCCCAGCUGCACAAAAAAGGAGGAGGUAUUUUGGUGUAUUUUUUUUAAAAAACUAGAAGUACCUAGGUACCAGAUUUAUUGUUAUGUGUUUUAGAAUUUUUAAUCUAGUAUGAUUUUUUUCCCUAGAAAAUACUUUGUUAAUAAUAAUACAACAAGUUUUUAAUAUUGUACAUUCAAAUAUGUGAAUUUAUUAACCUGCGGUACUUUACAUAAAAUAUUUUUCUAGAUUCCCAUUAGAUAAUCUAUAAUGGCUUACUUUUGUUUAUUUUUGAGUUACCUAUCUUGAUCAUACAGGAACACUUCUUACCAGAUUGCUGAGCUUUACUAAGUCAUUUUUAAUUGUAAUGAUUUAUUGUCGAUUUCAAACUAAAUUAUCUUAUUUACUAUACCUUCGAAAUUUUGUGAUGAAUGCCACAAACAAAUUUGUAUUAUUAUUAGUUACUAAAGUAUAUUUUAAUUUAUAUUUUAUCAGCCAUAAUUAUUUACUAUUAGUCUCAUUGAAGGAAAUAAAAUGUAUUUAGAUAAACACAAUUUUAUUGUUAGUAAAAAUGCUACAAUUUUUUUGCUACUUGAUGGUACUUUAAUUGAAAAUUAUUUUGAAAUGCACAGUAUUUAUUUCUUUUGUUUUUUAAUCAGUUUUUGGUUAGGCAAAUACUCAAAUUUUUUCAUGCAGUAUCUCAACAGAUGCUGAUAUUUUGAACUUUGUUUAAUGGUUUUAUUUUUGUUGAUUAAUCUGGGUCAUGGCCAUAAGAGAAAGAACACAAUUCUUCUACUCCUUCACUUUCAUCCCAACUAUUUGGGGUUGGGCACUGUUGUUCUAAACUUCCACUUAAUCUAUCCCCCACAUUGUCUUUGUAUACACAAGCCAUCCUUAUCAUUCUCAAUUACACCCAACCACCUCUUUUUCGGUCUUCUCUUUCUCUCUUUCCUCCUAUGUCUAUUUUCAAUAUAAUUAUUACUGUUUCUGCUUUGUGUUUCCUCAAAAUAUAUCCAAACCAUGUCAGUAUAUUUUAUCUCGUUUUGUCUACUAUUGCAGCCACACCCCACACCUAAGCUACGUCUUAUGCACUAAUUCUUUACUUAUAUUCUCUAGUCACUCCACUCAUCCAUCUAAGCAUUCUCAUCUACUGUGCUGAUUCUCUGUUUUAUGUUUGUAUCUACCCUACCACUCAACACUUGGAACUAUACAAUAAAGUCCACAAUCUAUUGGAUUUUUUAUUAAAUCAUAUUUACAUAUCAAAUUAUUCUAUAAUAAUUUAGUUUUGGUUGAAUAUCUAUAUCAUUAUAAUAAGUAUUUGCCACACAAUAUUGUUUAAAAACAGAAUUUUAUUAUUUUUAUAUUUCCCAGUAUUAGAACAAAUGUAAUUGUCAAUGCAUCAAUACAUUGAGAUAAAUUAUAACAUUGGCAAACAAAAAAAAAAAAAAAAAAAUUUAAUUUAUUAUGGACAAUUUUAACAAUUAAAUAUUGGUAGGUAGAUAAUUAAAAAAAAAAUAAAAUUGAAGUAACUGAUAUUGAUUAUACCAUUAUUUUAUGUCUUUUUACAAAAAUAUUAAUACAUGCACUUGUCUACUGUUUGCAGUUGGUGUUUUAUCAAUUGUUUUUGUACAAUUUUGUAUAAUUGUUCCUUUUUUUGUAUGUUGUUUAAAUUAUUUUUCAAAGUUCUUUAUCAGUAUGAGUGAAGCCAUUAAACAUCUUGAACAGAAAGAAAUCAUUUUGGAAAAAGACAAUAAAACACUUAGCAGUGCUAAUAAAUUGUUGAUGGAAUCUAUAGGAAGAUUAGUAAAACUAAAUGAUAAACAACAAGAAAUACUUGAAAAUGGUAAAACUUCAUUCAUUAUAGAUUUAAAAUAAAUAAUACUGUAUUCAAUGUUGGACAUUUAAUGAUUUUUACAUUUAAUUAUCAUAUUAUUUUUAAAAAGAUGAUUUAUUUACAGGGUUUAUCUGUAGAUUUAAAAUAAUUACUUGAAUAAAUUUCAUUUUUUUGUAAAGAUUUUAAUUUAAUUCAUAAACUAAUAGGUAUCGGUACAUAAUAUAUUUAUUAAUAGAUAUUAUUUUGUUUAGUUGUAGAUAACAUCAAUUUACUGAAAAAUGAAUUAGAGGACACGAAGAAGGUAUUUUAAUAAUAGUGUUUACCUAAUUUAAUAUUUGAUCAUUUAACCAAUAAUAAUAAAUUAUUUUAGGAAAAUUUAAUAUUAAAGGCUUCCUUCGGUAAUAGUCUUGAAAAUGCACAGCACCCAUUUAUAAGUAUGUAUAUAUUUGUAGUUAUAAAAUAAUAUUUGUUUAUGUGUAAAAAUUGAAAUAUGGAUAAAAUUAAGUUUCUUUGCUACACUCAUAAUCUAAGAAAAUAACUAUAAGGUUUUAAUAAAACAAAUGUACCAAUUUAUUUUUUGUAUACUAUAACAGUUGUUUUAUUUUGUAAAAUUAAUAAUUUUAUUAAAUUUUAGAUAAGCAUUCUCUAGAUACAGUGGAAACUCAUAAUUUAUUACUUCAACAGAAAAUUGUUGGUCUUGAAAAACAAAUUUCACAAAACCCAAUAUUAUCUAAAGUAGUCCACAAUUUGCAAGUUGGUAUUUCAGUUUAAUAUUAACAAAAUUUCAAAUUUUAACAACCUACUUUUUUCAUUUAAGUAUGAUGAUGAACAAGUGUCUAAAUUGAAAUAUACUAAUAACACUUUACUAUUACAAAACAGAUUAUUAAAAGAACAGCUAACAAAUUUCCGAAAUUUGCAUUAUCAGGUACUUAUUAUAUCUUAAAUUAAUUAUACAAUUUGUAUAUAAGUAGAACCUAUUGUUAGAGGUCAUUCAAAGGUAUAAAUAUUUAAAUUUGUUAAUAUUGUUUACUUAUGAUUAAAACAAAAUUGAUUUAUGAUAAAAUUAAUAGUUAUUUUGUAUAUCAUGAUAGGCUGUUUCUGAAUAUCAAUUGAAUAAUAUGCUCAAUGUUAAUGUUGGCAACCAACAAAAAAAUAACAUCAUUAUUUCACAUAUGGAUAUGAAUUCACUCAAUCAAAAUGAAUUACAGCCACUAAAGGUAAAUGUAAUUGGUAGUGAUGUGGAAGAUAAUUCAUACUAAUUGUAGAUAUUUCAAUAUUUUUUUGUUUAUUUAUAGAAAAACAAUGAAUAAUAAAAUAUUUGUGUUCAUUAUUUACUAUUUUAGUUAUUGAUGAUAGUCUAUACAAUUAAUAUUACAGUGAUUUUAAUUUGAUUUAUAUAUUUUUAUGCAUAACGUGUGUGUUAUUAAAUAAUUAUACUUCAAUAUUUAAUUUAAUUGAAUGUUGGAUUAUGUGCCAAG